AUGACUGUUACAAGAACUGUGUUUACCAGGGAUGUGUUUCUGAUCCUAUUCAUCUUCCUCCAAACCAGCAGAUCUGAAAGUAAUCUCGCUUUAUUCAAGAAUGCUUCGCAAAGUUCCGAUAGUGGCAAUACAUGGACAGCCAGUAAAGUUGUGGAUAACUGUUUGGAUACAGAUAUUGGAUCAAACUGCUGUACACAUACAAAACCUAGAGCUCACAAGGAAGUCUGGUGGCGUGUAGAUCUUGGAGAGUUAAUGACUGUAGAUAGAAUCAAAAUUUAUUACAGAGACGGUUUUCAAUGCAGACUUGCGGGUUAUCAUCUUUACCUGUCUAAUACCACCGACACACCGACCCAAGGUGUCCUCUGUUAUGAGGAUAAGAGUAUUGAAAAGACUGAUGUACAGUUGGUGGUAACACAUCAGUGCCCGUAUGUAGCCCAGUAUGUCACCGUCUACAACUAUAGAAACAACACUAGGCAAGAAUGGUAUUCUGAUUACGCUGUUCUGGAGUUAUGCGAGGUACAGGUGUUUGGCUGUCAGGUAGGGAGGUACGGUGAUGGAGACUGUGAGAAUCUAUGUCCAGACAAUUGUUAUGGCGGCAACUGUAAUCCUACGACCGGAUCUUGUUUGUAUUGCUUUCCGGGGAAUUAUGGCAUUAACUGCAACAAUAUUUGUCCCGUGAACUGUGGAGACUCUAUUUGUGAGAAGGACACUGGGUUUUGUUUUCGAUGCGUUUCCAGAAAACAUGGUACCAAAUGUGAAGAUGACUGUCCUGUGAAUUGUAAGGAUACCUGUGGACAGGAUACAGGAAAUUGUAAUGAAUGCGUUUCCGGAAAACAUGGUACUACAUGUGAAGGUGACUGUCCUGUGAAUUGUAAGGAUACAUGUGAGCAGGAUACGGGGAAUUGUAAUGGAUGCGUUUCCGGAAAACGUGGUCCUACAUGUGAAGAUGACUGUCCUGUGAAUUGUAAGGAUGCAUGUGAGCAGUAUACCGGGAAUUGUAAUGGAUGUGUUUCUGGAAGACGUGGUACUACAUGUGAAGAUGACUGUCCUGUGAAUUGUAAAAAUACAUGUGAGCAGGAAACGGGGAAUUGUAGUGCAACUGCAUUGAUGCAGCAAGAACCAGCGUGUCAUCAGCCUGCAAUAUACAAGGUAUAUGGAUGUUGCUUAUCAGCAGACCAGAAUGCCCAACGUCAAGUUGCAAUGCGAGGUCAUCUAUCAUUACCAAAAAGCACCACGCUGACAGCACUCGGCCUUGACCGACGCCUUGCAGGAUUUGGUACUGAUCACUUCGCCUCCCGUCGUACAAGACAGUAG